UAACGAAUUGUGAUUUUCUAUAUAAUUCACAGUUGAUGAUAAACAUGGUCAGUCUCUACUGCUUAGAGUUUGCGACAAGAGAUAUCAAAUUUGCGCGUGUGCGUCGUUCUUAGUGUAGCCAGUACAGAUUUACAUUUCGAUAAUGACGACCUUGGAUUCAAGCAAGCUGCCGAUAGUGCGGAGAGCGCUGCAUGUUCCACCCCUAGAAGAAAUAAGAGACAUCCUGAAGAAGGCCUUGCCUGCAAACUUUGCAGAGGUGACGGUAGAUGUAAUCGAUUGCCCGGACCUCACUCAGCAGCCAUUCACCCUCGCUGAAGCAGGUCUUGGUGGUGGUACGAAACUUCUCGAAAUUGGUGGCCCCCCUUACCUGUUGCCUCUUGUCAACAGAGAUAAGGUAUACGAUAUAAAAUCCAUAUGUCAGAACGUAGGUCACAAUGGCAAAGCAUUCGUCGUUGGUGCUGGAGCUGGUCCGUGGCCACUUGUGAACACAAAUUGCGAGUUGAUAAUGAACGUGUCAAUUUCUCCGGCAGAGAGUUCAACUAAAAAUGCUACUCACAUUUGUAUGGUUGACAAAGGUGACGGAAAAUGUAUCGACCAGACUUUAUCUUCCAGUGAAACACGUUUUGCUCUACUUGCCAAUCUGUUUCUAAGUGAGGGUAAACCUGGCAAGGUCAUAAAGGUCCAUGCCAAGAAACGGACUGGUAGUGAUGAUUUUAUUGCCAGCAUUCGAAAAGCUUUAGCUGCUCGUUACACCGAGCAACUUGUUGGUUUGGGUGGAACCUUCCUUCUCAAAGAAGGUAAAGCCAAUCAGCAUAUUAUGCCAGAUUUUUCCAAGGUGCCACUGACAAGCGAUGAUGACUUGAACAAAUGGCUGCGCUUCUACGAAAUGUCUGCACCUUUGGUAGCUGUUGGUACUCUCGUUACUGCUGAAACAGACUUGGAUCUACGAGUUCAACAUUUCCAUAGCUUCUCUCAUCAUGGUGAAGGAGGGCACUACCACUACGACACAACUCCAGACACUGUCGAGUAUUUGGGCUACUUCAAUGUUGGUGAGGCAGUUUACAGAAUAGACAAACCGCCCAUGGCUCAAGCAUUCGGAAAGGAUUAGCGGCAAGAGAGUCAUGUCUAUAAACUUUACAGAAUUUCGAUAUUAUACCUCUGUACAAUGUUAUGAAAUAUUUUUCAUGCAUAUAUUUUUUCUAUCAAUAAAGUCUAUUCGCGUUCUAUGACU